CCAAGCAUUAAUAUCUCGCCCCCCUCGUCCGCUACAGAAAAGCCAGGGAUGCAGGUUAGGGAUGGGUCACUCCCACCCACUCAUUCUCUCAAUCAUAAAACACACGUAACCCCACACCCUCUCUCCCAUAAAACCACAAUCCCACCCUUUCGUAUAAAACAUCUUUUCUUCACGAUUAAAAAACCACUAUCCCCACUCUCUCAGUCCCACUUCACUUGUUUUUCCCGACCAGACUAGUCCCACCUCACUAGUUGUACACUUCUGUCACACUCUCUCUCUCUCUAGCAAGCAUUUUCUCCUCUUUGUCUUUGUAGCCAGCUCCGUCUUCUUGAUCAGUAUUCUCUUCUUGUUCACCUUCCAUCGCGGAAGAAUUCGUCUUGAUCCGGGAAAUUUUUUUAUAGCCUGAGCAGGAAAAUUAUGUCGAUGGACUUGAUGGCAUCCGAACGUGUUUGUUAUGUUCACUGCAACUUCUGCAACACCAUUUUAGCGGUUAGCGUCCCGUGCAGCAGCUUGUUAACCAUGGUAACCGUUAGAUGCGGACAUUGUGCUAAUUUGCUUUCAGUUAACAUGGCAGCUUCGCUUCAAGCUGUUCCUCCACAAGAUACUCAGAAGCAGCACCUUAUCAAUUCUGAAGACUCCGGGUCAUCUUCCAGAUGUGGCAAGGUCGCAGCAUUUGAGGCUGUUGAGCAUGAACAACCUAGAACGCCUCCCAUCCGCCCCCCGGAGAAGAGACAACGGGUUCCUUCAGCCUAUAACACGUUUAUUAAAGAGGAAAUCCAAAGGAUUAAGGCUGGUAAUCCUGAUAUCAGCCACAGGGAAGCUUUUAGCACAGCAGCAAAAAAUUGGGCACAUUUCCCUCACAUUCAUUAUGGACUAAAGUUGGAUGGUAACAAGCAAGCAAAGUUGGACCAGACACUUGCGGGAUCAGAGGCAAACGUCUAAUGGAUUCUGAUCACAAAAAGAGAAAAGCGUACCCCUGUGAUUAGCGCAGCAGCUAGUUUUCCUAUAUGCAAGUACUGAAAAUAUGAGAGGCUUGUGAAUUUCUCUUUUACCUGAUCGAACAGCAGGAAGAGUCUCUUUAGAAGCUCCCCCGUGUUAAUUACGUGUGCUUACCUUUUCUAAAUGUUCAUUAAGCAGUCUCCCUCGCUGCUAUAUAUUCUUGUUAUUGCAUUUGUUAUCUUGAAGUAAACAUCGCAUAUAUAGUAUUAUCGAAUAAUGAGCGAUUGUUUGGUUGACGA